GCAGCCCCCUCCCUCAGCCCUUCCCCUCUCAGUGCACGCCUCUACACUGGGAUAGCUAAAGAAAACUGCACACUUAGAAUCUGAGUCAGUGGCUUUGGGUCAGCAUCUGCUCUGGAAGGAAACCCUAGACUCAGGCUCCUACAUGACAGUCCGUGUCACCCUGCAGGAAUACUGAUGCCACCUAUCACCUUUCACAUCUUCUUUCUCCACUUCUACAUACAACCUUAGACUUCUACCUUCAAUCACAGCACCCAACCCUGCAAGCUUUGGAAUAAGGAGACCUUUUUUUUUUCGGGGAGGGGUAUCCCCUACUGGAAGGGUGCCUGCCCCCCUGCUAUUCACUGUCUGAGAAGAACUGACAGCUGCUAUAUACAUGUUCCACAUAUUCUCCCUUGGACUACAGGAUGAAUCUUGGGGGUCUGCUAAUGUCUAUUUGGCUUCUGCAUGCGGUUCGUGCUGAGGGUGACCCCAUUCCAAGUGAGAUGUACGAGAAGAUCACAGGAGGAUCUAUCAAGUCUAUAGAAGACAUAAGAAGGUUGCUGCAGAUAGAAUCCGUAGAUGAUGAGGAGGAUGCAAAUGAGAUCAACAGGAAUGGAACAAGAAGCUUGCCUAGGGGCAAUUCCAGCCACUCCCGGGUCAUUCGCAGCUUAGCUGCAGAACAAGCUCAGCUUGCAGAGUGCAAAACAAGAACUGAGGUUUUUGAAAUCUCCCGCAAUUUGGUUGAUCCAAGCAAUGCUAACUUUAUAGUUCAUCCAUCAUGUGUGGAGGUCCAGAGGUGCUCUGGAUGUUGCAACUCAAGAAACAUGAAAUGUGUGCCACUUCGCAUACAUAUCCGACAUGUCCAGGUGAAGAAGUUUGUGUUUCACCGGGGUAUGAAAAAUAUCAUACAUGUCCCGAUUCCAUUAGAAGACCAUGUGGAGUGCAAGUGUGAGCCUGUGAAUCCUAUAUCUACAAGAAGUCACCACACUGUCAAUGAACACAGGAUGGCUGCAGGGGUACCUGUGACUACUCCACCUCCAACCACUAUAACUCGUAAAGAGUCUCAACUACGACCGUUAAAACGAAAAAAUAGAAAAUUCAAGCACCUACCCAGUAAGAAGGAGCAGAGACAUCUUCUGACCACGUAGUGACUUGGGAAUGGUUCUGUUACUGAGCAGGAUACACAGCAAGAUGAAAUUUGGCCCCUAUGGGGUCCAUGGAUUUCUGACUGGAUGCUUCAAAUGCCGCACUUGGUGCCGCUGGUGCUUUACAGAGAGAAACAAAACAGACUGUUUCCCAUCUGUCCCGCUUCUCUCACUGCACAUUGCUCCUAACAACAAAGAUCAAGGAAUGAGUUCAUUUGACAGCAGAGAACUUACUGCCAAAUUCUAAGUUAAAACCUCUGAUUUCCAGGAGUAGCAGCAAGAGAACGGGGAACACAAAGCCACUCGAACUCACUGGAUGUAUUUUGUCACCUUAUUUAAUGUACUUUAUGUUGUAUUUUUAUAUAUAUAAAUAUAUGCAUAUUUUUGUAAAAAAUGGUUUCCUUUGCUCAGAUUGCACGAGGCAGGACAGAGACUGAAAAAUGGGACUGAAUUCUUAGUGACCCUUAUCGCCACAGCCCAGUAUUUAUGUAUUUCUACCAUGUUGCAACCACUGAGAAGGAAGAGGCCACAUGUAGGUUAUAUUUCAGGUGUAAUUCUGCUUUAAGCUAAUGGAGUCACUCACCUAUGGGCAACCUGAUUUUACCAGCUCCAAUAUACAAUGAAACAAGAGUUGUAGUUUGACAUCCAAUAGAGAGCUACAGGUUGUUUCAUCAUUAGAUGGUGUUUUUUCCAUAAAUAAUGGCAGAAAACUGUUAAAUAGACCUGUCACCAUGAAAACACUGUGCAAUCUACAGGUAGUAUGGUAUAGAGCAAAGGGAGCUGAGACAUUUGAUAUAUAGAGGGUCAUUUAUUAAACUGAAAUAUGCCUAAAUUUGGUGUAUUUCAGGCGCAGGUGGUGGUGCAAUGUUUAGUUGUGCCGCUAUCUGUGACUUUUCCUUACUCAUGCCAGGUCUAAAAUUGUGGGCGGGGAAGGGGACAGGCCGGCAGGUCCAUCUCAUUCAUCAUUUUCUAUGCCUGUUUUAGGCGUAGAAAAUGGUCUAAAUGUAAGACAGUUUGGAAGCUGUCUUACAUUUAGAACUGGUGCUGGAUGCGCCGAAGUUAUAGAGAGGCCUGUGCCUCAUAACUUAGGCGUAUCCUCCACCAGCACAAGGGCUUUAUUAAGAUCGGCGUCUAAACCGCUGGUCUUAAUAAAUGUGCCCCUUAGUCUUGUCGCAAAAUUUCUAAUUGAAACAUUAGAAUCUCUGCUCUUUCUGAGCUCAGUAGCCAAGUUGCUGGUCUUAUAAGUGACUGACACCCAUUUAUGUAUACACAUUUAUAGAGGGAAAUUUUCAAUCACUGAUAAGACUGCCCACUUGGCCACUGAUCUCAUUAAUUUCAAGUUCUGCUGAAUCGUGUCCCAUAAAUCUAUAUAUUAAUCUGCUCAGCUCCUCCUGCUCUAUAACAUACUUCCUGCAUGGUGACAGGUUCCUUUUAACACGUGGAUCCUUUUAUUUGUCCUUCUUAUUAUUUUCCAGUAUUUUUUAAAUGACAUAUCCACCUCCUUCCCAUUGCUCUGAAUUCCUUUGUGUUCCUUUUUGCACACAGCUCUGCCUGUCAAUAAAAAUGAAAAAUAUUGAUCUAUUAUGUAAAGUAAUUUAUAUUCAAUAUUUAAAUUGUACAAAGAAAACCCCAACCAAAUUUCAAUUUGUAUUAAAAGGGAUUACGUUUGUAUUAAAAGAAAGACAAGAACAUUUUUGAAU